AUGGGCGAUGAUGGUAAAGGAAUCUCGCUAGAUGAUGUUUAUAGACUUCUAAGUAUUAAGUUAGAUGGCGUAGACAAUAAUGUUGAGGAAUUAGGUAGUAAACUUGAUAAAGAAGUGCUCGUCUUGAAAAAUAAAAUUCGUGAAGUUGAAGAGACCAACAGGGAUCUACAAAAACGUCUAGAUACUGCAGAGCGCAAACUGAAAUAUAAAAAUCUGAUAUUUUUUGGUAUCAAUGAGCAACAAUUUGAGACUGAUGAACAUAUCCUACAAUCAAUUAAGACAAUAAUUAUUGAUAAUUUGGGCAUACAAAAUUUUUAUGUUUCAUCUGAGAUCGCCAAUGCUUAUCGAUUAGGAAGAAAAACAGUCAAAUCGAGGCCACUCUUAGUGGAAUUUGUAUCGAACUUCACAAAAAAAGUGGUAGUUUCAAAAAGGAGUCAGUUAAAAGGAAGGAAAAUUUUCAUUGCCGAAGACUUGACUGAAAAGGAAAGAAUAGAAAGAAAAAUUCUAGUUGAAGCAGUCAAAAGGGCGAGAUCUAAUAGAAUAAAUGCCUUCUUAAGAGGCAAUAAACUGGUGGUCAACGGGGAAGUUUUCAGCUACGAUGAUGUUUUGGAGAAUAAACACUCGUCUUAUUAUUCUCCGCCUGCCCCCUCCCAAGCAGCAAGUGUACCCAGCAACCCUUCUAUCCAAAGUUUGCCAUGUUUUCCCGGAGAUUAAAAAUUUCGAAUCUGUAAAUGAAGUUGCACAUAAAAAUAAUUCCAAAGACGAAAUUCAACCACCUUCGAUGCACGUGAACUGUAAGAAAGGUCACAAAAAUAUAUCUGUCGAAUCGGAUAACUACAUCAAAGCUGCAGAAACAUCGAAUUCAGAAACUCUAGCCUCUACGAAACCACUAUCAGUGCAACCAACUACAAAGUCAAAGAAAAACCAAGUCGCACAAGCUACAAGAACAUCUUCGCGAAACCGACUAGGAAGUAUAAG